GCAUCCCUGUUUGUGCUUACUUAUUUACCAAGUUCUCGGUUACUGUUUAAAACAAUGUCAGACAAAACGGAGAUUGACCUAACUGGAGUCAAACAAAGUAAAGGCGUGUGGCUUGUGAAGGUUCCCAAGUAUUUAUCUCAGCAGUGGGACAAAGCUGCAGAAAAGGGAGAAGUUGGAAAGAUUACCAUUGGAAAGAAGCAAGGCAAAACAGAGGCAUGUUUCAGCCUCAAUGAGGAGCUGACAGCCUUGGAUGCUGUGGAGGAGAAUGAUGCAUCACUGCAGGUCCCAAAGGAUCAUCCCUUCACAGUGCACACAGUGGGUGGACAGACCUUGGCGGUCUUCAGCCAGAGCGACACAGAUGAAAUCAGUCUGGAGGGGAUGGUGGUGCACAGAGCUGAAUGCAGACCAGUCGUCACUGACAACUACAUGAAGCUGAAGAAGCUGCAGAUUAAAGAGUCCAUCAAGCCUCAGCGCUUGUCACAGCAGCUGGAGAGAGCCAUCACCACUGUCUUCAAGCCUGUGGCCAACCAUGAUUUCAAUGUGGAGUAUGAGAAGAAAAAGAAGUCUGAGGGGAAGAUGGUGAGAGCUGAACGGCAGCUCGUGUUGGACAUGCUCUUCUCAGCCUUCGAGAAGCACCAGUAUUACAACAUUAAGGCCCUCGUGGACAUCACCAAACAACCUGUGACCUACCUUAAAGAAAUCAUGAGGGAAAUCGGGACAUACAACAGCAAAGGAGCUCACAAAAGCACCUGGGAACUGAAGCCGGAGUACCGACACUACCAAUCUGCUGAGGAGGAGGAGGAGAUGCAGACCGCCUAGGUCCAACCGAGGUCCUCUGAGGCCUCUUCUGGGCCUCAGAUUUGCAAUGAAUUCAAGGUUUUCAGUCAUUUUUAUGUUGACAUUAUUAUAGGGAGAAAAAGCCUGCCGUGCACUCAAACAUAAAUAAUAUGGCACAAUGGGAUAAAUCUGUAUUUUGUGUUCAAAUUUAGUUUUGUGUGUAUUCCAAGAAAGAAAUACAUCCUCCGCUGAGGAAAACAAAGAUUAAAGAGCAAACUGGUUCAAAACUUUCAGUGAUGCUGCAUCUUUCUGGGAGUGUUACCAUGG